GUCUGCGGUCACACUGGGAUUCACUUGCUUGCAAAUACGCGGGAAUUUUUUAAUUAUUUUUGUUUUUAUUGUUCUUUGGGAUGCAAUGGGAGACAUUCUUGCCAACUGUGACCUCUUCAAGAAACUGGGGAUCGACAGUUCAAACCAAUGGCUUCUAUACGACGAAAAGCUGGAAAAGUUCUUUAAAUACCUGUCUGUGAGUAUUACGGAUGCCAACAUCCUUACAGAGCAAGAGUUCCUGCAGCGCGAUGAAAUGCAGCAGCGUUCAGAGUGGCUAAGAGGGUCGGAGCUCGCAAUGAAGCAGCAGGAGAUCGAAGCGGAAAACCCUGGUCUGCUCACGCAUACGGAGCAGGAUGUGAACGCUCUGACUGCAGUGGGGGCAGCGAUUCAAGAGGCAACAACCGAUUAUGCCGCGCUAAUUGAGAAUAUGGUCAACUCGAAACACUCUAUAAAUAAUAACCUUAGCGAGUUGGAAUGUGCAGCCACUUCACUGCAAAACAUGGAAAAGAAUCUGUUGAGCGACUGCCAAGAGAAGGCCAAGCAGCUGGAAGAGCUGCAGGGUGAGAACUGCAAGCUGAGCAGCGAGGCCAAGAUGGCGUUCAUAUCCCAGCCGAUGCCACCGCUCUUUAUGCACCAACUGCCGCUGGAGCAGUACUUCCUCAAAUGCGACUCCUUCAUGCAGUAUUUUACGCUCUACAUUAAGGAGAACUUCAAAAUCCAGGAGGCAAACGAGUUGAAGACCAGCGAAGUCGAUGUGCUGCAUGAGAAGGAAAAGUUGGAGAGCCUGGAGCGGAGCAUUCAGUAUUAUGCACUCGCCUUCAUCAAGAAGAAGGCUAAGGCCAAGGCCACUCAGGCCAUUAUAGACCACCUGGAUCUUGGCCAGAUCCAUUGCCUUAGCGUGGCAGAGAUGGUCAGGGAAACGCACGAGCUGCAGCUGCUCAACGAACACCAUCUGAAAAACAUCUACGACACACGCAUGAACGACGUGACGAGCUUUGUCCAGCAGCAUACCGAACAGCGCAUCGAGCUGGUUCUCUAUGAAAACACCAAAGAGAAGUUGCAGCGGGCCCAGCGACGGCGUGAAAGCGACCAGCAACUGACCAAAAUCAUAUCGGAUGCCUUGUCCAAUGCGGAGCUGGUUUGGAUCAUCGAACAGUUGGACUUGGAGAAGAAGCGCAAUUUUCUGGACACCUCCGAGGCGCUGUGCAGCCAGGCCCAGGCCACAUGGCAGCGAGUGCAGACUAUGCUCUCCAUCAACAGCAGUCACCAAGGCAUCUGUUCCCCUUUCUUGCAGGAGAUUGCCAGCCAGCUGUCGGCCCAUCUUGGCCACAAUAUACGGGCCGGCGAGGCCAAGAGUUGUCUCUACGAGUACGAAAAGUUUUGCCGCCUACUUUCGUACGCUUUUCAGAGCAUGCUCAACAGAAAGUCCAGUGUCACCGCCCAGGAUCAGCUGGCAGAACUCAAGCGUCUGGAGCAAACCCUAAGCCCCUUCGUCUAUGAUUCCCCCCUGGAGCAGCCCAUGCUGGACAAUGUUCGAUAUUUGUAUGCAAUAUACAGUGUCGCCCAGGAACAGACGCGUCUCGACGAGAUGAUGCGACAUCUGCGAACUGAAUUCCAGGAGAAUAUCGUGGGUCGGAUGGACAGGGACAAGCUCUGGCGGUAUAAAAUGCUUCUAUGGGUCUGGUUCUUGACGGAGCCCCAGCGCAUGCUCUACGCCAUCGACGAGGUGAAGAAGGCAGCGGCCAAGGUUCCCGCUUUAACCAGCAGCAUGCGUCGUCCCGGCGGAGGGCUUCAGCGUAAAUGAUGAAUCCGAUCAAUGCAAUUUGUAUAUUAGUUAAUGAAUAAAUUACGAUAUCUGUUACAAGGGAUGCUGGAUGAAGAUGAAGAUGAAUUGAGU